GACAUUUUGCGAACCACUUUUGCAGCGUGUGUCAGGGGGCUGGCAAAGGGAUAUGAGUGCCCAGUAUGGAGGGUAAAACUAAUAUGCGUGAGCUCCGGCAAACGCAUGCGGAAGGCGACUCGUACGAUGCGUACUAAGUAGGCCGCUCCCUCACUAGCGCUAGCGGCGAAAAUUCACAACAUCGGCUUCAUUUUCGAGCACGGUUUUACAGCCGGACCGUGCAGCCGGAGACCCAGACCUGUCUAUAAGACCGUGGUAUGAACCUAGGUAUGAAUAAGUAUAGAUGAAAACAAACUGUAAGGUUAUGCGCACACAACGUUGGAUAAGAAAAUGAUAAGUCAGAAAGAGUAUUUGAAGAAAUACCUGUCAUCCGACAAGGACAAAAAGAAGAUUAAAAAAAAGAAACCCAAAAUCGGGUCCAAGACUGUUAAAAUUAUUGACGAUGACAUUGAUCUUAAAAAUAUGAGAGCAAUAGAAGAUGGGGAAUUCGACAUUUACAACAACACGGAAGAUGGACCACAAAUCGCUGGUAUUGUCGACGAACGCGGUCCAGUUGAUUUUUCCGACAAGAAAAGGUGGAAAAUUAUAACAGACGAUAUUGAUGGAGACAUAACUGUAACCAGCAUUGACAGAAACGAGAGAAUAUCUGAGGCGAUGAGCCAGUCAAGCAGAAUACCUGCUCCUAAUUCCAGAGAUCGUUCUCUAUCUGAUGAUGGUAAAGGCAGUCCACCUCAUAGGCAAAGGAAUGAUUCCGACCAGAAAGAAUCUAGUCGUAAGACACUAUCGUCAAAGAAACUGCGUCAACAUUCUGUUUCUAGUUCGAUUGAAAAGCCACCUGCUUCAGAGGACAGUGACUUCAGUCCACCUCGGAGAGUAAAAAAAAACAAUGACUUGGAAAAGUUCACUCGACGUAGGAAAUCUUUUAAAAAGAAACAAAGCCGAGCAGUUUCCAGCCCUGCAAGCAAUUCCUCAGAUUCUGAAAACAACGACACUAGUCCACCUAGCAGGCCCAGAAAGGAUUCUGAUUCAGAUGAAACUAGGUGCAAGAAAUCUUCGAAGAAGAAACGGCGGGUUGAAAAUCCUUGCAACUCCGAGGACAGCAAAUGCAGCCAACCUCGAAUAUUCCGGAAGAACUCUGAUUUGGAUGAAUCGAUUUGCAGAAAAUCAUUCAAGAAACGACACAGUGCUUUCUCUUUAAAUUUUGAGGAUAAUGACUUAAGCCUGCCUCGGAGGAUUAGAAAAGACUCGGACUCUGAUCUUAGCCCACCCAGAAAUUCAAAGGCUGAAAGAAUUGAUUGUACUAAACAUUCGAAACAACGUGAAAAUUCAUUGACAAGUUCUCGGCAUGACAAGCAUUACAAUAGAACUUCUAAAGCAUCUCCUUCUGUACAUUUUGAAUCUUUACGUUCUAGAGAAAAAGAUGAGUACAAAUUAGGGAAACAUAGUAAUAGGAGUAAUUCAUCCGAACAUGAGAGAAGUAAUCAACAAUCGAGAAAAGAUAGAACAAAAUUGAACAGCAGGAGAAGAAAGGAAGGUGAUAAAGUUCGGUCAAUAUCACCUCAGGAUAGACGACGAGAUGGCAAAAAGGGAGGAACAAAUAAGCAUUCCAGAAAGGAUGAAGGUGACUCUGCACCUGAUUUGAGUCCACCUAGGGAGACUCAGAUGAAUCAUGAAGAUUUGGAUUCAGAAUCCAAACCAUUACAAAAAACUUCUAAAAAUUAUCAAGAGAUGAGUGAAGAGACAACUGGUUUUGGGCAGGCUCCAAUUUUCCGCGAUCGUAAAACUGGUAGAAGACGAGACUUCGCGGCAGAAAGACGCGACAAAGAACAGAAGGAUGAAAAGCGGAAAGAAUUGGAGAAUAAAUAUGCUCAGUGGGGAAGAGGUUUGAAGCAAGUUGAAGACCACAAAGAAAAGCUGGACAGAGAUUUGUACGAGAUGAGUAAACCCCUGGCAAGGUACGCGGAUGAUGCGGAUUUGGAGCGAGAACUCAAAGCACAGGAAAGAGAAGGGGAUCCAAUGCUAGCAUACAUAAAACGGAAGCAGAUAAAAGAAGGAAAACAGGAGCCAGAAAAACCCAAAUACCAAGGACCCUUUAUGCCCAACCGUUUUGGCAUUCAACCAGGAUAUCGUUGGGAUGGUGUAGAUCGGAGUAACGGUUAUGAGAAGAAGUGGUUCGAUGCACAGAACGCGAGGAAGGCAGUACAGGAAGAAGCGUAUAAAUGGAGUACCGCCGACAUGUAGUGAAUAAAUGUACAUAUAUACAAUUUUUCCUGGUACGUCAAUCAGGUUUGCUGCUUUCAAAUUUCAUAGGUAUGCAACUUGUACUUUGGAACUUGCAUCAGGAAAUAUCAGUUUCUGUUCCUUGCGGUGAUCAUCAAUCAGGAAUAAAUUAUGUCGGUUAAUAUAACUACCUUUCAUCUUAGGAGCAGAUGAAGCUUAAAAUUAUUGAAAAUCAAUAAAUAAAAAAAUACGUCAUGUU